AGGAGGGAUCUUUUUGUUACCGAGAUGUACGGGAGCUGUCGCCGAGGGCUCUUGCCGUGGGCCCGUUGGAGAUCGUUGCAGCCCAAAUGGAGCGGGCUGAGCGUUCAGCGAAAGGAAGUCACUGUCGGCUCGGAUGCAGCGCGAAGCUUCAAGACCUCCCAGGAUUUGCCUGGCCCCGGGUUCUGGAGCUCCGUCUACUGGUUCCUGUUCAGAGGCUACAUUCUGCACAUGCACGAGUUGCAGGCAAUAUUCAAGAAGACCUAUGGACCCCUAUGGAGAAGCUCAAUGGGUGGAGAGACUUCUGUGAGCAUUGCCUCUCCUGAGAUCAUGGAGAAGAUGAUGCGGCAGGAGGGGAAGUACCCCAUGAGGUGUGACAUGGCUCUCUGGAAGGAGCAUCGGAACAUGCGGGGCCUCGCAUAUGGGCCUCUGACGGAGGAAGGGGAGCGUUGGCAUUGCUUGCGGCAGAUGCUGAACAAGAGGAUGCUGAGGCCUUCGGAAGCUGUGCUGUAUGCCCCUGCCAUCAACGAGGUGGUGUCUGACCUGAUAGUGCACUUACAGCAUGAGAGGGAGAAGAGUCCUUGUGGGAUGGUCGUUCAGGAUGUUGCCAACCAGCUCUACCGAUUUGCCCUGGAAGGCAUUUCCUACAUUCUCUUUGAGACCCGCAUUGGCUGCCUGCAAAAGCAGAUACCUGCCAAGACCCAGAACUUCAUAAAUUCUAUUGGCCUUAUGUUUAAGAACUUUGUUUUUGUUAAUGUCUUGCCCAAGUGGACCCGGGAGCUGCUGCCUUUUUGGAAUCGCUACCUGGAGAGCUGGGAUACCAUCUUUGCUUUUGGAAGGAAUCUGAUUGAUAAACGGGUGGAGGAAAUCUCAGCUCAGUUGGAGAAAGAAGAAGGUCCUAAAGGUGCAUACCUGACCUACCUGCUAUCCAAUGGGAAACUAACCAUUGAGGAAGUGUCUGGCAGUGUGGCCGAGUUGCUCAUGGCUGGCGUGGACACAACAUCCAACACACUGGCAUGGACUCUCUACCAUCUUUCCAAAGACACAGCGAUUCAGGACGCAUUGUUCCUAGAAGUUGUGGGUGUAGUACCCAAAGGUCAGAUCCCCAAAGCUGAAGAUCUCACCAGGAUGCCCCUGUUAAAAGCUAUCAUCAAAGAAACAUUGAGGCUGUACCCUGUGGUGCCUUUAAACUCCCGAGUGGCUGUGGAGGAUGUUGUCCUGGAGGGUUACCAUUUCCCCAAAGGGACACUGUUCACCUUCUGUCACUUCAUCCUCUCUCGUGAUGAGACCAGCUUCCCAGAGCCCAACAAGUUUGUGCCACAGCGUUGGUUGCGAAAAGAGCGUGCCUCAAGCCACCACCCCUUCAGUUCCAUCCCCUUUGGCUAUGGGGUCCGUGGCUGCGUGGGACACCGCAUCGCUGAACUCGAGAUGCAUCUGGCUCUUGCCAGGAUCAUCCAGAAAUAUGAAGUACGACCCAGCCGCCAAGGAGAUGACGUGAAACCUUUGGCCCGCAUAGUCCUGGUGCCUGAAAGACCCAUCAACCUUCAGUUCCUUGACAGACAGGCAGACAUUUCUUCAUGAGCCUUUAGACAGACUGUACAAAAAAACUCCCUCCCACAGUGAAAUGUUGCCUGGAUAUCUGCCUUUGGAAAUGCCACCUUUUCAGCUCAGUGACUUUCUUCAGUGGCAGUAUCUCUUCAUGGAUGGUUUAAGAAAAAUCCUGCAAGCUGCAGGGCAAGUUACUAGAGCAAGUAGCAAGCACAUUUUAUAUGAACAACCAUAUGAUAAAUUAUAUACUUGGCACUUUUGAUUUUAUCUUUAGACUCACUUUGCACCCCCUCACACACAUACACACACACCGAACAUUUAUCAGACAUCCACUCACUGGUCCCAUCUUUUUAGGUCCCACCUUUUCAGCAUAUUUACUGCAUUUUAUGUUCAAGUCCUGUUGGUUUAGUGGGUGGUAGUGGACUUCAAGAUCCUGAUGGAAAGGUUGGAUUCACACUGGGUAUUAAAGAUGCUGUGAAAUUCCACCUGUUACCUGGGCCAGAACUCUGGGUGCUGACUAAGAAACUUUUAAGAAUGGAACCAAGGAGCAAAUAAAGAUUCCAUAAGUAGAGUGAUUGCCUCUGUUGUACUUCAGGCCUCUAGUCUACCAGAAUAAUAAAGUCAUCCUAUGGGGACAGCUCAGUCCUAGAAUUAAACACUUCUUAAGAUGUCAUUCUCUCAACGCUUGUUCUGUGUACAGUAAUCCCUCAGCCUUGUAUCUGAGGCGGAGGGAAGUAGAGACAAAACUCUACUAGAAUUCCAUAAUGAAUGUACGUAUCACAGGUACUCAAUUUAUUCUAAUGUACUGGUCUCAAGGCGAGUGGGGAUAUAACUGCUCUAUAAAUCUGUCCAUGAGUAGACCAGCCAGCCUUCAUUUCUAAGGGGCAAAAUUGAAAGUAGCUACAAAUAGUUAUUCUUGUUUCAGUGAAUAUGCAUUGCCCAGACGAGUCCAAAUUUAGCCUACAAUAGGUCCUUUACAGGGAUCCAUUUCUAAAUUGGGUUAUGCCCUGGCAUUCAUUUUCUAGUCAGGUUGCCCGUACAUAUACAGAGAAGCAUCUUCAGACUGGCAUUGGCAGAACCUUUGCUCCGUGGAUUCCGUGCUGCAUUUCCUGCCAAGAGGUCAGAAAGAGAAGGCUGAUUUCUGACUCUGAAUUCAUGCCUUUUGCUAUUAAUCUUCCGUAGUCAUAUCUGUUUGCAUGCUGACUGGGCAAAGAGGCACUUUUCAAGUGGCAGUGGUCUUACAUUUAACAUGGGGAGAACAACUGUCCCUAUUUGUUCCAGCAUAGUGUCUUUUCUGGUAUCUUAAAAAAUAAAAUAAAAUUGUGAGCCCCUAUGGAACAAGGAACCAUUUUUUACCCCAUUUCCCUGCUAUGUGAACUACUUUGUGCACUUUUUGUUGAAAAGCUGUCCGUAUAUAUUAUAUACUUUCUUACUCUGCUAGGGCAAGAAUGGAAAAUACUAUUUUGUUCUCUCUCUCUCUCUCAAAAUUUAUUUGACUGCAAUUCUGUGUUCUUUGCAUUUUGUUAAUAAAUCUAAGUGCUCAGUUAACAAA